AUGACUCUUGCUUCAAUCUCCCAUGAUACCCAAAGUCGUCAUUCUCUCGUAGCUUAUUCCUCUCAAUCAGAGCGGGAUUCCAGCCUGACCUUCAUCGCUAGGGAUGGCGUAUCUGGCGCUUCUGCAGUGGUUCAGCUCAUAGCAACUACCUACGAUAUCGGCAAGUUCCUACGCAGCCUUCACCAUGCACGAAGCGAAUUACUUGAGAUUGCUGACUCUCGACCAGGUAGAGUACAGCAAAACAUGGCAGAAGUCCAGGACUUCGUUCAUCAACAGACUUCUUGUGCACUUUUACCCAAUUCGCAGCGCAUCAGCAGCGCAAUGAAAGUCUGCGAAAGCAGAUUUGGAGUGCUUGCAAAGUUAGUGGACGUGUUCACAAUCUCCUUGAACUACCAAAGCCUCAUGCAAAGGAGAUUGGCGGCCAUGAAACUUUUGACGGAGAAGGAUCAGAUUCGGAAAUUCCAGAUUCAGCUCAGAGAGUCUACGUGGGAUUUGCUGACCGCUCCCAUGAUCAAUUCAAACAAUCUUGAGUAA